AUGCAUUUGUGAAGACUGAAAAGUUUUCAGGGAGUACCGAAUUAUCAAGAUAUUUAUUGUGGUGACACUUCGCUGUGGAUUCAGAAGUAGUUGGAGCGAAAUACUAACAUGGUUAUAGGACUAAGAGAACAAAGAAGGUUGGUAUUACCGGUAAAUUCGGUGUCAGAUACGGUUCUUCGUUAAGAAGACAAACCAAGAAGUUGGAAGUCCAACAACACGCUAAAUACGAUUGUUCAUUCUGUGGUAAGAGAACUGUCCAAAGAGGUGCUGCUGGUAUCUGGACUUGUAAAUCUUGUCGUAAGACUGUUGCUGGUGGUGCUUACACUGUUUCUACUGCCGCAGCUGCUACCGUUAGAUCUACCAUUCGUCGUUUAAGAGACAUGGCUGAAGCUUAA